GUCGAACAUCUGUCACCAAGCGAAGGCUACGUCCGUUUUAGUCCCAAAAACCGCAAUACCGUCAUGGUACCCGGUUUUAUAAUUUUUUGAAGAACAUCCAAUAUAUUUGUAAUCGGAACCGCGUUAAUACAGUGGUUUUAUUUCUAUUCUAACGUUUGUUCAUAUUUGGAAAGAUGAGUUCAGGCAGACCAAUCAAAUGUGUGGUAGUAGGGGAUGGAACAGUAGGAAAAACAUGUAUGUUAAUAUCAUAUACAACUGAUAGUUUUCCAGGAGAAUAUGUUCCUACAGUGUUUGACAAUUAUUCAGCACCUAUGGUUGUGGAUGGAAUACCUGUUAGUCUAGGGCUUUGGGAUACAGCAGGUCAAGAAGAUUAUGACAGGCUCCGUCCACUUUCAUAUCCACAGACUGAUGUUUUUCUAAUUUGUUUCUCAGUAACAAGCCCUUCAUCUUUUGAAAAUGUUACCAGCAAAUGGUAUCCAGAGAUAAAACAUCACUGCCCAGAUGCCCCAAUGAUACUUGUUGGAACUAAAAUAGAUUUACGAGAUGAUCGUGAGACACUUACUGCCUUAGCUGAACAAGGUCUUAGCGCUAUAAAACGUGAACAAGGACAAAAAUUGGCAAAUAAGAUUCGUGCAGUGAAAUAUAUGGAAUGUUCUGCACUCACACAACGUGGUCUAAAACAAGUGUUUGAUGAAGCAGUACGUGCUGUUUUAAGACCUGAACCCCAAAAACGCAGACAGAGAAGAUGCAUUAUGCUAUAAACAAUAAAUAAUCAAGAUUCAAUAUAGGUAAAAUCACGUAUAAACUGACAGACUGAAAUUAAUUUUCUCAGAAAAAAACGGACAAAAUAUGAAUGUUUUGAAAAAAGGAAGGUAGCAAACCAUGCAUUUUAAUAAAUUCCUCUGGCAGCUAUAGUUUAAUGCAUCAUAAAUUGAGUACAAUUUGCAGCUUGCGUUUUUUAAAAACAAGCUGUAAAACUAACAUAAGACUAGAAACUAAAUAAAAAAGUAUGACAUUACUAUAAUUUUUAACCAGUACUUAAUGUUUAAAUACAUAAAAAUAAUUCCAAAUUUGCAUGUAUCCCAGGUAGUGGUUUCAGACAUUAAUAAUUUCAUACAUCAAUGCACUAGUCAUGUACUAACGUACUAUAUCUUAUUGUUUGCCAUUAUUUUUUUCAUAAAACAACAAUUUUCUAUUUUAUAACAUAAUGAUUUAAUUCACGUUGAAACGAGACUAAUAUGUAUUGCAAUAACAAUUUAGAAUGUUGGAUCGUAAAAUUUUGGUCAUAAAGCUGCCAGAUUUCUAAAUUUUUAUACCUAUGAUAGUAAAAACAUUCAUUUAGUAUACACAUAUGAUAGAUAUAACAAUCAAUAUACUAACAAUUUUUAUAAAAUGUAAAAUAGCAUUAUAGAAUUAUUUAAACAGACAGUGCCAUAGCAACGAAGAAAAAAUCAAAUCAAUGACACAAACAUUUUUCAUGUCAGUUCUAGACAAUAUAUGUAUGUAUUUUUUAAAUCUCAUAUUAGAAAACAUUAAAAAAGGUGUAAAGGAAUUGAAGAAUCUCAUAAUAAGAAAUAUUUUGUAUUUAUCUUAAAAUUUUUGAUAAAUAUUAUGGUUGUAAUAUUUCUUUGUACUCUAACAGAAAAAUAACACAUUAUGCAUAAAAUACUGCCAACAAAUAUUCAUGUAUGUCUUUUUGCAAAUCUGAUAGCUUUAUAUGGCACACUUUAUUGUCUAGAAUUUGAACAUUCUUCUCGUAACUACAUAAUACAAAACACGUCGUAAUGUAUUAUGUGCAUAUCGAUAUUUAUUUUAUUUUGACUAUAUACUGAGUAAUCAUACUCUAAAGAGAAUUUAUUACAAAAACACUUUAAAAACUUUUACGUCUGAAAUUGUAUUUCUGUUGUUGCAUGUGGCAGAUACAAUUUUACAGAUUGUUGCAGUGGUGCAAUCUGAUUAAUGAAAGGCUCUAAAUUAUUUUUCAUAAAAACUGCGGAGUGUAUUGUGAAAAGAAUAAUCAAAAUAUAUAUUGAAUUACAUAAGAAAAUGUAAUACCAGUAACAAACAUAUGGUGCAAAGUAUGCCUAUAAUACAGAGAACAUAGCACAAUUUAUUUUAAACAGUAACCAUGACAUUUUUAACCUUCCAUUAUUAUUUUUAUAAAAUUCAUUUAGAUCAAUCUUUGCAUUUAAAAGGUUAGUAACAGAUUUUACAAUAAUGAAUACAUCAUAGAACAACUAUUGUUUUUCUGCUUUUAUGUAUAAAAUUAAAACACAUCCAUACUUAUAUUUAAUUUAUUAUUGUGGACUUUUUUCUGUAUUGUAACAUAGUUCAUUUAUACUUUAUAAUAGUAAAACAUAUUUUGAUAAUAUUACAUGCUCUCUAUAAAAGGACUCAAUAAAAAAAUAGUGUGAUGAUAAUUAACAAAUAUUCCAUCACUUAUGAACUUGCUAUUUUUUUAUAUUUGGAAGAAAGCUUAGGAUAUAGAAAGAUAGGACAUGCGUGCCAUAUGCUUUCAAAUUUAUAAAAGAAAUAUUGAAUAUCAUACUUAGUUGUACUUUUAUUCAAUGUGCAUUUCGAAUGAAUUAAAAAUAUGUCAACAUAUUUAAAAAGAAAAAUAUUCCUAGUGUAAGUGGGGGUGAAUUAAGAAUGAGGCAUAUUAAUGCUUGCUAAGUGUACAUACUGUAGCAUAGUGGUAACAUGCUCUAAAUUUCAAUCAAAUUUUAAAAAUACUAUAGCUAUGUUUGUUUUUUCUGACACAUUUCAGUAUGUACACAAUCUAUUAUCAAAUAAAUUAAUCAUGUGAUUGAAGUAUAGAGUGUGUCGUAAAAUGUUUGCAGUAAGCUUUUUAUACUUUGUUAUAUGUGCUAUGAUCUUGAAUAACACAGUUAUUUUUGGUAUCUUUUGCUGCAAUAUUUUAUAAAUUUAUGUUUUAGUUAAGAACAUACAACAUAUUUGUAGUUCCUGUGUAAAACGAUUGUUUUUUGAAUGUUUGAAAAAGCACAAUUGAAGAUGACAUUAUUAUUAUUACUGUUCUACAACAGAUUUAAGCCAUUUAUUAUACGAAGUAAUCAGAUAUCAGCAGCGUGUUAUAUAAUAAUUGUAUGUAAAGUUUGCAUUUAUUGUAAGUAGUGCAUUUAUUUUACAGUUAUUAUUGAAGAUAAAGUUUAUUACACAAAAAUUAAUUGAAAAUAAGGAUAAAACAAAGCACAAUUUUUUAAAUAGUAUUUAAAUGAUAUUUAAUUUUUAAGAUUAAUAUGAGGAACUAUUUGCAGUAUUACAAUGUAAAUAAAAAUUUUAAUCUUUACUCCAAAAUUUACUACUUACACCUGAAAUUUUUCUUAUUUACUACGUUUAAAUUAAUAUAUAUUUGCAAUUUACUAUAAUAAGAAUAAUUAAUCAUAGCUUUAUCUUAAGUGAGAAAAAAGUUAAAUUCAGGCAGCUAAUAUAAAAUGUGCAAGUAAAAUGUUUUUUAAUAUGUAUAUAUGAUAUUUUUUUUUAGCAAAUAGGAUCAAAGUUGAUAAAUAUUUGUGUUAAUAGCAUAACUAUGAAUCUAUACAGGUUGGUAAGAUGAAUUACACUACUUACAACUUGUGCAUUUAAUAAAACGUCGAUAUUGAUUUCUCCCUUUUUUAAAAACAAGAAAGUAACAGUAAUGGAUGCUACAAACCAAAGUUGAAUGUUACUUCUAAUGUAACACUUAUAAUCUUUAUUACGUAUUAUUGCAUAUAAGUAUAGAAAAAAAUGAAUGUAUGAACUGUAAAAAUAUUCUAGUCACCAUGAAUUUGAUUUUAUUUAUAAAUGAGAAGUGUUUUAUUAAAAUUUGUAUUCAAUUUAUAUCUAAUUAAUAAACAUUUUUUAUUGAAAAAAGGAAAUAAUCAAACUGAAAUGAUAAAGUGGAGGACAUGAAAGUAUUGAUCUAAUUUAAGAUAUUGUCAAUUUAAGUAAAGCAGAAUAAACCAAACAAGGAGGAUAAGAAAUCAUUAGAAUACAAAUGUAUGUACAUGUAUUAAGUAAAUUUAAUCGUCAGUAACUUAGAAACAACAUUUAUCUAUUUUCUUAAAAUUUCUGUAAAAUUGCUAAUUUCUGUACUAAUAAAACAGCACAAGAGAACAUUA